UAUCCCAUAAACGCACCAUCUUAGUCUAAUCAGACAUUAAAAUAAUAAUAUUAUCGUUUUAUCGUUUAAUUUAAUAAAAAUGAAACGAUAUAAAAGCAAUUUAUUAAUUUCGAUGAUUUUUGUGUUAAUAAGUAGUUAUUCGUAUUUGGUCGGACACUGUAGCACCGAACGAUUACUGAGCCUCUAUGAAGGUAAGUUACCUAAAGUCAUAAUUAUUUUUUUGGGUAUUUGACUAACCUAACCCUAAUCUAAUCUAUAAUUGUAUUUGUAUAAUCAAUAAGGAGCACGAAUAUACACUUCUUUUAUAUAUCUUAUAUAUACGAUCUUAUCUUAUCUUAUCUUAUAUUUUAUAUACGAUAUCUUCUAACGUAUUUUAGUUAUGUUUAUAGUUAAUAUUUGAUAUCCGGUCAAAUGAUAUUUUUCUGUAAAAAUGCACAAAAUCAAAUUUUCUCUAAACGUUCGUAUAGAUAAUCAACAAAUUUAGAGGCGGUUUUUCGAGUCGUCCGGAGGUCAUUCGGUGGGAUGGGUAUUGAUUAUUUGGUACAGAGUAGUAGAGUAUUGUUGAAACGAUGACCAUACAUGGUAUAUUGUAUUGGUAUACAAACCUGAAACUAUAAUAGGUUGGGUUAGAUUAUGUAUUAUAUUAUUCUUAUUUAUUGUGGACAUGGUUGUCUGCGAGGAAAAACUUUUUUACCAGAAAGCUUGAUUUUAUCAUCAACUUUUGGCGUGAUUUUUAGUAUAGAAAAUCUUGUGUAGGUGCAUUGAGGAAGUAAUUUUUACCGGAAACGUUAUAAAUAAUUAUUUUAUUUUUACGUUAGUUAUAAUUAUAUAGCGAAGUCGACACGGUCCGCGAAGUUUGUGUUUGAGAUUCUUACCAGGUAGUCAUAAUACGAUUGCAAUAAUAUUAUUAUUAUACGAUCGUAGGUAUACAAUAAUUAUCCCCGGUCGUCUCCUCCGAUAUACCGUAUCACGUAGAAAAACAACGAGAACAAAAAAACGUAAUUACCGCGAAGAAAAAAUACAACAAUUUUUUAUAUAAGGUAUAUUUUCGUUGCCAACAAGUUCGAGGUUUUUUACUUUUAUGCGGAUAUUACGCGCAAUUUGUAUAAAUUUUAUGUAUUUUAUAUUUUUGUAUAUAUUAUAUUUUCAUCGGGCAUUUUGUUUUCAUAAAAAUCAGCAUACCUACCUGUAUACCGAAUUGUAUCAAAGUUAGUAUUGUAUUAUCUUGCAAACGCAAGGCAUACAAAUUUUUCGUUCACCAGGGUAAAAUAUUGUGUGGUGUUAGUUUUAACAUUAGAGUGAAUUCAUUAAUACUAUCAAACUUAAGAAUAAUAGAAUAUUAUCUGUGAAACUACGUCGAUUUUUUACAUUUUUAAGUGAGAUAAUAUGAAUACCAUAUGUGAAAUACCACAAUUUGAAAAUGCUCGAAUCUCGUUUAAAAAUUAAAAUAUCGAGAAAUACCACGAGAGAAUGCAAAUAUGAUGGGAUAUCUAUAAGAAAUUAAAUAUCUACAGCACCGGAUCUAAGAGGGAAAUUUGGAACACCAACCCCGGGAAUAGUCAUCGUGGCCAGAAGCCCCAAACAAUCCGAUUAUAUUUGCAGCCCGCAGUCUUUAUAUCUGGUAACUUAUAUGAGCGCUAAUGUUAUCUUUGGCCCCGAGUGCUGUAAUUUAUAACAAAAUUGUAUAAAUCCGUUCACUGAUUAUAAAAGUCAUUAUAAACUCUCCGAAAAUUAAUGUAGCAUACAUAAUUUCAUGUACUUUCCGACAUCAUAUAAAUGUACAAUGUUUAAAUUUUAAAAGUCCACAUUGUUUAGUAAAUUAACUAGGUACCUGAUGUUUUCCGAUAGUCUGAUGGUUUUACAUCGAAAGAGUAAUACAUUUAUGAUACAUAAUAUCGUAAAUUAUAUAAAAUAUUAUAUAUUGAUACGUAAUUUACCGAACUAUACAAACGAACAUCAACUAUGAGACAAUAUUAUCAUGAACUACUUAAAUCAGUAUUUUAAAAUAAUUUUUUUACGCAUAUGACAGAUUCGAUUUUUAGAUUCUGAGUGGAGCGAGGAAUGUAUUGGUUUUACAAUGAUGUUUAUUUAUUUAUUUAUAUUUUUUUUGUUUUGUGGACAAACAGAGAUCUCGUUCCGAUUUUUAUGUGUAGUAAUUUUUCCGAAAGAAAAGUUUUAUUAUCAAAUGUGAAAUACUGAAAAAAAAAAAACUGAGGAAAAUGGAUAAUGUACGAAAUAUAUUAGUAAAAUAUUACAAUUUUUUUUCUACGGACAACUUUUCUACAUACAAUUUUGCUCCAAUUUAUAAUGACAGCAAUGUUUCUGAAAGGAAAUUUGACUGGAGAGAUACUAUAGGGAAGUCAUUUUUCGAUUUUUCAAGAGUUUUUCCAGUAAAUGUGAAAAACCAGGAAAAAACAUGGAGAAAACGUAGGAAAAACGGAAAAUCGGUAGAUUAAACAAAUAUAACUAAAGAUAAUAUAAAAUAUCUAUUUAAUUAUUUUCGUUAACAAUGUUUAAUCAUUGCUAACAAAUAUAUAUUAAAUUACCUGUAACAGUGGCAGCACCCGUUCUCAUUAUCCUUGGGCAGCUUUUUUAUAAUUGAAUUAAUUUUGUUUUACUAUGGUUAUUAUGCAAUUUGUAGUCACUUUAUUAAGAUGGUAUCUCGAUUCGGCAAUACUAAAUACAAUUUAUAGAUUAUUUUACACAAACCUAAUUCGAUAAUUUAUUUAUAUACUAUGAUGUAUCUAUAUAUUAUAGGAGAUAUUUGCAAAAAAGGCAAUGGCGGUACGUCCGAUCAUGUUUGUCGGACGUUAAAUAAUUGCAGUACAGUUGCAAAUCUACGAACGAAUAGUAUUAAACUUGGAUUCUGUUCGUAUAACAAUCAGAUUCCAAUAGUUUGCUGUCCGCCGACCGAUUAUGCUAUCGUGAGUACUACAAAAGUAAAACGUAGCAGCUCGCCGACAGUGGCUGUGAAAACAUACUCUGCCACUGAAAGUAUGCACAAUAUUACACAUUAACCGUUCUGCUAACUUAAGUUUAGUAAAAAAACUUAUCUGCCCUUAUAUUGUAAUAUUCAAUUUAGUUACCGACUACUGUUUAAUUAUAAACUGUUCAUUUAUAAAUACACAUCGAGACUUGAAACUUGGUAAUAAUACUUAUAUUGGACUUACCUAGGCGUAGUAGAAUUUCCAAAAUCAUCGGAAGACUUUUUUUUUUAAUAAGCGUUUUGAAAUUAAAUUUAAACAAAAUUAUGUAUUAUCGAACUGCGUUCGGAAUGGUCUUUCGUCAGCAAUGGUUUAUCGUUGCAUACUAAUUUAAAUGAAAUAACCUUAUGUAUCCUACCUUCCUAACUUCCCAUCUACAACAGUGGCGGCACCCGUCCCCAGUAUCAACUCUGUUUAUUUUUUUAUAUAAAUGUUUUAUUCAUAUAUUUAUUUACGAGUAUUAACCAUUUUAAUAAUUUUGUUUAUACUUUAUUUGGUAUGCAAUAUUUUAAUUUUUAAUAUUUAGAAUGUGAUGAAUAUUCUAAAUUAAUUUACACUAAAGUGCUGGACCCAAUACUUACAUCAGCACCUGACGAGUAUAUAUUAUUAAAAGAUUGCUAUGACGUUAAGGCUUUAAUUGUCGGCGGUGAAAAGGCCGAACCAAAGGAAUUUCCACACAUGGUAAUGAUGAAUAUAAUAUAGUCUGAACUAUAUUUGGGCGUAUAUAUAUUUAUACAUUAACUGUAUCCAUGCAGGCUUUGUUGGGAUAUAAUAGAAAAGCAAGCGGCAAUACGUGGAGCUGCGCGGGAUCAUUGAUCAGCGAAAGGUGGAUAUUGACUGCAGCUCAUUGUGAAAAAGUCGGCACUUCGUAAGUAACCUUUUAUUAUGUACAUUUAAUUAAAACUCUAUUAAAAAUAUAUAAUACACAAGUAUUGUUCAAGAAACUACGCAAGUUGGGCUCGACUAGGCGAUCUGAAGUAUUACCCAAACACCGGCAAUACCGAAUCCAAAGUCUAUAAAAUAGUUGAACGCAUUAAACAUCCGAAUUACCAGGUGCCGUCGUAUUACCACGAUAUAGCACUUUUUCACUUGGAAAAAGACGUUGAAUUCUCUCCCUACAUACGGCCCAUUUGCCUCAAUACGGAUCAAUUAUUAAAACCUUCGAAUGCCGUAGCUAGUGGUUGGGGACGAACUCGGUAUAGUUAGUGAAAUUUUUAUUGAUUAUAAUAUAUGAUAUAACAAUGGCCAUAAUCACGAUUCGGGACAUAUAGGCUAUAGAACUUAAAAUCGAUAAAAAAAAAAAAAAAACGUUUAUAAACCUUCAUUAUAACCCUUAAUAAAGUUUCGUCAAGCCAUUUAAGUCAUGCAAUAACCAUUUAAAAGUUAUUUUAAAAUGCAAAAUAAAAACUAGUAAAAAUCAUGUUUUUGAAAAACUGUCGAAAUAAGUAAACAUAAAGCGUUUUCAAAAUUCACAUUUGAACUUGUUGUAACGUGACUUACUUUGUCAUAGCACUACACCGUAGAUUUAACGUCAAACCGAAAAAAUAAUCAAAUUCAAUGCUUUUAAGUUCCGAACACUGAUUAUAUUAUAUGAUAUAGUUUUACCUAUGUAGUUAUUAUCAUAUUAUAAUAUCAUAUACGUGAUUAACAAUAUUUAGAUGGACCAAUGAGUCCGGAUUUGUUAAAAGUGGUUUUAGACAUAAUUCCGACAAAUCAAUGUAAUAGCAGCUAUGAAAUAGAUGAUGAAAGCAUGGUGUGUGCGGGCUAUUCAGAAGGCGGAAAAGAUACUUGCGGAGUAAGGAUUUCAUAAUUUUACAUGCGGAUAAUAAGGGUACCUAAAUAUUUGCAUUCAUUUUUUAGGGAGAUUCCGGCGGUCCGUUACAAAUAACAAACGAUAAUUACACUUGUAUGUACACGCAAAUAGGUAUAACAUCGUUCGGAAAAAAUUGUGCUCAAAAAGAUUUACCUGGUGUUUAUACGAAAGUAUCGAAAUAUAUUCCGUGGAUUGAACAGAUCGUGUGGCCCAAGGAAUAAUCUAAAACGUUGUUUGCGAUAUUGGUAAAACGUUUUACGUUGAAAAUAAGUUUAUUUGUUGUUAGGAAUAUAUGCGUACAUAUUUUUUUUUAUUAAUUCAUUUAAGUCAUCAAAUUAUUUGACUAUUUGAAAUAAAAUAAUAACACAAAAUAUUAUUAAUCAUUUUGUGUGCAGCUCACUGUUCCAAUCUUGUUCGAAAAGAUACUAUGGUAAAUCUGUAAUGGAAAUUAAACAUGCAUAUUGUAUACAGGGUAUUGGGCUAUCCGAAUUCCUCAUCACACUUCUGCUCUUCGUUCUCGAGAACUCCGUAGAAAAUAUAAUCUCAAAAAAGAAUUAAAAAAUAACUUCGUUUUCUUAAAACUGUUGAGAUAAGAUGGACUGAGUCGCACAAUAUAAUCGAAUCAAUUCCGUUUCCACAUAGUAGUGCAACCGACAAAAUGGCGGCAAACUGCUACACUAUAUUCACUGAUAACAAUGUAAAUAAUAUGCGAGUUCUUUAUCUAGCGUAGUUUAGAAGUCUGUGGAUUCACCACGUACCUAUAAGACUACAAAAAAAAAAAUUCGGAGUCAAAAAAGUUUACAAUUAUUGAAUAACAUAACCAUGUUACCUACUAUUUAAUAUAUAGAUUUAAGUUAAUGCAAUAAUAUAUUUAUAUACGUGCCUAACUCAAUUUUGUAUUAUUUAAAAUUUAAUAUAAUGUUUAGUUAUCAUAAGCUGUUUAUAAUUAUAGGUACAUUAUGUGAUUAUUAACAUACCUUAAGAUGAUAAUCAUUGAUAUUUACCAAAAUUUGUGAUAAUUUGUAUAUAAAUUAAACUCGCAUUUACAUAAAAUGACAAAUAAAAUAUUUCAAAUAGUUAAUCAUUACAUUUUAAUCCGUAGACUUAUGAAAACUGUACUUAAUAUAGAAAUAAAUACAUAAAUACCCAGGGUAUGUCAUUUAACAUAUAUUCCUAUAAGCUAUAGAUAUUUGACAUUAGUUUAACUCUGAUCUAUAGUACUAUAUAAUUAUUUAAUUCUAACUAUAAAGCUAAAUAAUUAGUUUUACUAAAAUGUUUUUUUUCUGAAAGCCUUUUUUUCGGUUUAAGAAAAUUCUUCGAUUUUUUUAUGCUGUAUCUUAAAAUACAUAUAUUUUUCUUCAGGUUGUAGUUUAUUUGAAACAAAAUUCUAAAUUGUCCAUAGCUUUUCCAAUUUAUUAUAAAAACUGACAACAAAUAUCGUAUAUCGGUUUUAAAUUUGUUGAUUUUUGGGUUACCCUUGUGCUACAAGGGGAAAACACGACUAAUAAUUUAGCCUGUUAUUGUUAUGUAGCCUUACCAGUUUACCGAGCUCCGUUCAGAAUCGUUUUUUCUCGAUCAUAAUGACUUAUCGUUGAUUUCAAUGUUUCAGUAUAUGUAAACCAGAAUACUAUAUUUCCUAUAGACGUUCCACACAUCCCGCCUACAACAGUGACCCACGGUGCAUUGAUGCGAGGUAUGUCCUACUUUUUAAAUUUAUUGUUAUUCGUUUUGUUUUUAACGCUACGCGACACAUGCACAAAUUAACCUAUUACACCGGGCCACGAGAAAACAAUAAUUAAUUAUUAUUAUUCGGUAAUCAAGUGUGAUAGCUAUACAGUUAUUUUAAACGUAUUGUACUUUUUGUAUAUUAAAUAAGUAAGAUUUCGGUAAGUAACUAAAUAUUUUAAAAAGCCAGUAAUAUUACAAUUAUUCAUCGUCCAAUAAAUUAUUUUUCAUGUUAUUCAUGUUUUAUAUGUGCCUAAAACAAACGCAUUUUUGAAAUAAAAUAAAACUUAUAAUGCCUAGAUCUCACUUUUUUUUUUAUACUUGUAACUUGACAAGAAAAAAUUAAGGUUUUUCUGUCGAUUUUAUUUAAUCUGUAGCCUUCAUAUAUUUGUUUAAAAUUGUAAGCGCAAGCAUUUGUAAUGAAAGAUAGUGACACAAUAUGUGCAGCUAAAAUCAUUGGCGGAAAUUUAGCCUCUUCACUGACGUAUCCGUCAAUAGGAAUCGAUGAUAUGAAAAUCUUCAAUAAAACAGUCACUGGCCUCAUUCGAAGAAGGUAAUAGCAACCCAAAGGUAUGGUUAACCACUUAUUCUCUUCUGUUUUAUUAUUUUGACAAUUUUUUCUAAAGAUGUAUACACUUUUGCAGCGCAAGUUCUGACAGAACAACGUCGUUGUAUUGAACAAUUAUUAGAUUCAUGAACUUUUCGAUACGUAAAAUUUGUAAAAUAAUAACAAAUUUUUGUCUCUGAUAUUUUUAAUAAUUCCAUCGAUAUUUGUAUCCGCUACUUAUACUUUUAAACAGUUUUGAAGCGUGUAAUAUGAACGCACACGCAAUUAAUAUCGGACUAACUGUAAAUAUCACGGUACUGCUGUUCAAUAAUUUUCGAUAUUUCGAAAACAAAUAUUGAUCGUUUUUAUUAGAUUAGCUUUAGAUUAGACUAGACGUAAUCGAUCUCGUAUCUAGUUAUUAUUGGUAGAUGCGAUAUCACUAUGCUUAUCAGCUGGUAAAUUUCAAAAAUUAUUAAAGUACAAAUUGCAAAUUGCAUACGCACUUAAAUUUACCUAGAUUAGUGACGCAAUUUACAAGUAAUAAAAUUGGCGCAAAAUAUCGUGUACGCCAAGUGUACGCCCGUGAUUCGGCAACAUCCGUUUAACAGAAGAUACACGUACAGAUGCGUGUAUCGAUCCAUUCAUGAGAUUGUAAUAUCCAAUAACCUAUUGUCACGUUAACACCGUACACCUAAUAAUACAAUGGGCGAAAAUAGCUGAUGAACGAUUAGCAGCAAAACGGAUAACUGCAGCAAAGAGUGCCACCCCGGUGACCCCAGUUUUCAGUGUACCUGUACCUGCCUACGUCAAUGUCAAGUUCGUGUCGGUCAGUACCCUUGUAAUAAUAAUAAUCAGACAGGCAUCAGAGACGCCGUAAAAGGCGUAGGCCAUAGGUACGCAAAAUUUCAACAGUUCAUCGAUUACAUUUUUUUUUUUUUUUUACUUUUAGUGAUUCAUGUAAUGUAAUGUAACGCAAUAAUUAUUAAUAUAUAAUAUGAAAAUGCCUAUACAUAACAGUACACGUUUGUACAACGACAGUCGUAACAAAACAUCGUUUUGGUCGCCUCAGACUACGGGAAACAAGGUUUCCUUUAAUUUUGUAAAAUCUAUAUCAUUUUAAAGGAUUUGUAUUACUACACCGUUUACCGAUUUGUUUUUAUGCCGAUUAUUAGAAUAUUAUGUUUACAUACAAUUACCAUAUGCAAGUAUCAAACUUACCUGCAGUGAUGGAUGCUAAUAAUAUUAUUAGAUUAUAGUUUUUAUGAUAGGAAAUAAACGUAAGUAUUCCAUACGGUUAUUUCGUCCCCUUUUAUAAUUUUCGUGAAAUAAAUGAAAACUAAUUUUUUAACAGUCAAUUGUUUUUCUUGAAUUACAAGUGAAAAGCAUAUAGGCGUCAAGUUUUCAACAAAAAAAUAAUCGGAUGCUUUAUGCUAAAAGUACCUCCCCUAUUAAAAAAAAGUCACUUUUUUCAAUCUGAGAAAAACAUGUUUUUAAUUUCAAAACGUAACAGUUUUUUUCUUUUUACAAGUUCGGAUUAAAUUAAACGCUACAAUUUAAUAUUUAGUAACUACAAGACAAUAUUAUUAACCACGGCUAUAGCCCAACACUUGUCCGGUUAUCGGUUGUCUUCCCUGUUUUUUUUCCCCGGCCUAAAUUUCUGAGUUCUGACACUCAUUACUCUCAUUACUAAUCUAUUUUUUUCUUUGUACCCUUCAUAAUUUAUAUUCAUAUACAUUAGUAAUACACGUGGACUUUUUGUUACAUUAAAAUAUUUAGUAUUUAACUUGUGUAUGAAAUAAAACAAAUUUAAUUGACAAUAUGGC